UCUGUUUUGUUUUCAUCAUAGGUUGAUCAUUUUGGAUUUAAUAUUGUGAAAACUUUUAAUCAGCGGUACCUAAUAGCUGAUAAAUACUGGAAGAAAGAUGGUGGUUCAAUUCUGUUCUACACUGGUAAUGAAGGAGACAUUAUCUGGUUUUGCAAUAAUACGGGAUUCAUGUGGGAUGUAGCUGAGGAACUGAAAGCUAUGUUGGUGUUUGCUGAACAUCGAUACUAUGGAGAGUCCCUACCCUUUGGUGACAAUUCAUUCAAAGAUUUAAGACACUUGAAUUUUCUGACAUCAGAACAGGCCCUGGCUGAUUUUGCAGAAUUAAUCAAACACUUGAAAAGAACAAUCCCAGGGACUGAAAAUCAACCUGUCAUUGCCCUAGGGGGCUCCUAUGGUGGCAUGCUUGCAGCCUGGUUCAGGAUGAAAUAUCCACAUAUGGUAGUUGGUGCUCUUGCAGCUUCUGCCCCUAUCUGGCAGUUUGAGGAUUUGGUACCCUGUGGUGUAUUUAUGAAGAUUGUAACUACAGAUUUUAGGAAAAGUGGUCCAAAUUGUUCAGAGAGCAUCCGCAAGUCCUGGGAUGCCAUUAAUCGACUCUCAAAUACGGGCCAUGGUUUGCUGUGGCUUACCGAAAUCCUUCACCUGUGCAGCCCAUUGACUUCUCAGGCUAUCCAGCAUUUGAAAGACUGGCUCUCUGAAACCUGGGUGAAUCUAGCAAUGGUGGACUAUCCUUAUGCAUCUGGCUUUUUACAGCCUUUGCCUGCGUGGCCUAUCAAGGUAGUGUGCCAGUAUUUGAAAAAUCCUAAUGUAUCUGAUUCACUGAUGCUGCAAAAUAUUUUCCAAGCUUUGAAUGUAUAUUACAAUUAUUCAGGCCAGGUGAAAUGCCUGAAUAUUUCAGAGACAACAACUAGCAGUCUGGGAUCCCUGGGUUGGAGCUAUCAGGCCUGCACAGAAAUGGUCAUGCCCUUUUGUACUAAUGGUAUCGAUGACAUGUUUGAACCUCACUCAUGGGACAUGAAGAAAUUUUCUGAUGACUGUUUCCAACAGUGGGGUGUGAGACCAAGGCCCUCCUGGAUCACUACUAUGUAUGGAGGCAAAAACAUUAGUUCACACACAAACAUUGUUUUCAGCAAUGGUGACCUAGACCCCUGGUCAGGAGGUGGAGUAACUGAGGAUAUCACAGACACCUUGGUUGCAGUCACCAUCCCAGAGGGGGCCCAUCAUUUAGAUCUCCGAGCCAGAAAUGCCUUAGACCCCAAGUCUGUGCUAUUAGCCCGCUCCUUGGAAGUUAAACACAUGAAGAAAUGGAUUGGAGAUUUCCACGACAGUGCGGGAAAGCAGCAUUGAGAAACUUUGGAUCAUUUUCAGUUUCUUCUUUUAUGUUCACAUCACUCACAUUCCUGUUCACUUUGGUUUUCUACAUAUAAUUCCUUUUCCUCGUUUAUCAUUAGAUUUGGUGGGACUGAGGUUGAGAUAGAAGAGAGGCUGGUGGUAGUGAGAGCAGCCAUCCCAUGAGUGUGAUUCCUGGGUCCUCACUGUCUUUGUGCCACCUCCAAGAAGAAUCUCCUCAUAGUCACUCUCACGCCAUCAGUGGCCCUCACAAGUGGAACAGAGUUCCUGACUACCUUUCAUAAGAGGGAGAGUCACUUCCUUUGUGUCUCCAGGCAGGGAUUUCACCUUUGUUUUGAGGUUGAAGUCUCUUUGACCUAUUUUUAAGUCCCCACCCCUACCCUCCAAAAAAGAAAAAGAGAAGAUAGAUAAAAAUGAUGUAAUUGCAGCUGGUAGGAAAUAUAUCUUAGGCCAGUCUAGGAAAUGGGAACCAUUUCUUUUGUACUUGAUGUAAUGACAUUGAACUGUGCUGUAAAUAAAUAAUAAGGCUGGACCUUAUACCUGUA